ACAAUUAAUAUUUUCAGACUAUCGGCUAUCUGCCACCAAAAUGCAUGGUGCCGCAUUACAUCAGUAAACCGAGAAUGUCCAGAAUUAUGUUUCUAAAUGAGAAAUUUCUUUCCUUUCUAUGAAAUUUUACGAAAGCAUUUUGCGAGAGUUUUCACUUGAUAAUAAUGUCUUUGGUCUGUAGUAAUAGUGCUGUGUUCCUGAAUCUGUUCUAACAUUACUCAUUACUGAGUUUCAAAACGAGAUGUACAAAUAGACCCAGUGGUGCGCUCUAGGUACUUGUUCACAUUCAGCAGUUGGCCGCUUCUGAGUUUUGUUCGUAAUACGUGGCACGUUUGCGUGCUCGCAGACGGAUUGCUCCACAGUACGCGACGAGUUCCUUGGAUUUUAUGAGAUUCUUGAUAUCGUUUCUGGUUGCAAAUGAUUUAAAUCCGACGUGGGACGAUGACUGGGAACACUGAUGGCAGGCGCAUGAUUGCAUCCAGCUUCAGCAAAGGCUAAAGUUCGCGCAGCCUUGGAAUUGUUGCACUAACUGCUGGAGGAUCUCCAUUUUUUUGGCAUUUCCAUCUUGCUUUGAUUCAACAGUCGUCAUUUGUGAAGUUCGAGGUGGUUAAACAAAUUUGGUUCUGCAUUUGCCGCAGGAAGUGUGGAGCAGCAAUCAAAAUGGCAAAUUUUCGUAUUUCGAGGCAGUAUCGUCUUCCCAAACUUUACGUCAAGAUCGCACUCGUUGUUGCUAUUGUGCUGCUGAUUGGCAUACUCCAGUCGCUUUUCAGAUCUCAGGUUGCGGGGCCUUUUAAUGGCAAGAGUAUGGAAGAGCGAGGACACGACCAUAACGUGGAAACCGUGUUUAAAGAUCAAUUUCUGGGCAAUUUUGAGUAUGUGGAGAAAGAGAAACGCGAAGGCCCUGGAGAGUACGGUGCUCCUGUCCAGGUGGAGGGAGGAGUGAAUUAUGGGGAUGAAUGUGUCAAGGACUGGGGAUUUAACCAGUGUGCGAGCGAGAAAAUUUCCCUAGACCGAGCCAUUCCGGACAUUCGACCUCCAGAAUGCAAGUGGUGGCAUUAUCCGGAAGCGUUGCCCAAGGCAUCGGUGGUUGUCGCUUUCCACAAUGAAAUGCCCUCGACGCUGCUGCGCACUGUGCAUAGUGUUCUGAAUCGCAGUCCACCUCAAUUUUUGGAAGAAGUUUUGCUCGUUGAUGAUGCAAGCAAUCGAGAGGUAUUAAAGAAAGAACUGGAAGAUACCAUUGCGAAGUUUGAUGGAAAAGUGCGUUUGGUCAGAAAUGCAGAGCGUGAGGGCUUGAUUCGAACCCGCACCAUCGGAGCUAAAGAGGCUCGAGGGGAAGUGGUUAUUUUUCUGGAUGCGCAUUGUGAAGUUGGAUAUAAUUGGUUGCCACCACUACUCGCACCUAUUGCAAAAGAUCGCACGACAAUGACUGUACCGAUUAUUGACGGCAUCGAUGCCGAUACUUUCCGGAUUGAAUCUGUAUACCAAGGCAAAAAAAUGUUUGCGGGUAUCUGGGAAUGGGGAAUGUUGUACAAGGAGAUUGAAAUCUCUGAAAGAGAAACCAGUCGGCACGAGCACUAUAGCGAACCAUACCGGUCUCCCACACAUGCUGGUGGCCUGUUUGCCAUCCAUCGUGGCUAUUUUGAAGAGCUGGGAUGGUAUGACGAAGGUCUGGAAAUCUGGGGUGGCGAGCAGUAUGAGCUGUCCUUCAAAGUGUGGCAGUGCGGGGGCAGCUUGCUAUGGGUGCCGUGUUCGCAUAUUGGUCACAUUUACAAAAAACGAUCGUCCAUCCAUCAGGAUCCACUUCCGGAAAAACUACAGAAGAAAGGUCAUUUAGUGCACUUGAAUCACCGCAGAGUUGCUGAAACCUGGAUGGAUGAAUAUAAGGAAUACGUUUAUAUAAGAGAACCGUUAAUGCCUGACGUGGAUUUUGGCGACAUUAGCAAACAAAAAGCAGUGCGGGAGCGACUAAACUGCAAAAGCUUCAAAUGGUUCAUGGAGAACAUUGCGUACGAUGUUGUUAAAGAUUUCCCUUUGCUUCCUGCCAAUCGUUUCUUCGGCGAGCUGCGCAGUGUGGGUGAUAGCCCGAAAUGCUUCGAUACAUUUGGACGCAAUGUACCAACAAAACUGGGAGUAUCCGGCUGCCACGGUUGGGGUGGAAACCAGUUCUUCCGUUUCAAUGCCGAAGGACAGCUUGGUUUUGGUGAACGCUGUAUAGAUGCGGACCAUACCAACCGAGUGGUCAUGAAGGACUGCCCGAAAGGUCGUGUGGACGGUCCCUGGGAUUUAGAUGCAAAUACACAUCUUUUUAAGCACAAAACGAAAAACCUGUGCGCGGAAAUGAACGAUAAAAGUGAAUUGUGGGUGAGAGACUGUGAUUCGACAAAGAAGGAGCAGCUGUGGGAAUUCAAGGAGAUUCAUCCUAAAUGAUCUGAUAUGUGGUGCUGCUUUCUGCCUUCUAAUAUGGGAAACUUUUAGUGUGGGUUUCUCGACCGCCAUUUUGUGCCUACAUUCCGGUGCCUUAAACAGGGUGGAAGGAGGUUUGCUCAAAGAGUUUUAUGCGUCUGGGUUAUGUCGGGCUGCUGUCUUACCAAACAGCGGAGGGGACGUUGAAUAUUCCAUCCAGAGUCCAUUUUGUUUCUGCGUUGUCGAAUAUGGUUGUGCUAGCCCUUGUUAUGUUUACGAGGCCGCAAUCGUAUUCUCUCAAAAAAUUGUUACUGUUAUUAUUAUAUUUGUGCUGCUUGUUUUAAAAAAAUCAGCACUUGCUAUAAGAUCGUUGCAGUCGCUUAAGCUUAUUGUAGGGUUCCCGUUGUCGUGUUGUUUUCAUUGGCACAGACACUGCAGGUUAUUGCAAAUAGAACUUAUUGCUAUAAAACUUUUUCUGUAACCUUACGGUUACCGGUUCGUGCGCAGCCUUGCUCGAUACGCGCGAAGUCCUGACUGCUGACAGUUUUGUUAGAAAAUAAAUUGA